GGCCAACGGGCCGAUCGGCCGCCAGCGGACAGGCUCCUCGACGCGAUCCAGGCGGCCUUUUCCGGCAUCGCUGAUUCCCAGCAGGACCAGCCGCCUCGUUGUCAGCAAGGCAUGGAAGCGCCUUCUGCCGGGGCGCGGGCUACAGGCCAACAAGGCGGCGGCUGUACGGAGCAGAGCUAAGGAAUCGCUUCAGGAUGCCUCCACGCGCCAUUCGGGCAGUCACCAGGGCACACAGACGCCGUCAAGGCUCGGUGUUUGUCUCCCUCCCUAUACCAAAACCACCUUCGCCAUGCAGCAUCCCAGCGCGUAGCUAACGAGACCGUCGCGAAUCAGACAUUGGAGCUUGGCAAGUAUGCGCACGAGGAUGAGAUGCCCGCGUGGCUCGUGAGGCUGCUGGAGACGAAGGGCGAGCUCCGUGCUGGUGGCGUCGUACCAGUCCUACAGCAGCUCCUUGAAAUGAGUACGCGGACCGAGUACGCCUACCUCUGCCAUCCGGGCGUCCAACAUGUGGCAAAGCUACGAAGAGAAGGUGCUUUCUGCGGUUAUCGCAACAUACAAGUUCUCUGCUCACAUAUUAUCGGGACUCGAGCGACUGGGUGGGAGCAACUGGGAAGCGACAUACCGAGCGUCUUCCAGAUACAGGACAUGAUUGAGACUGCCUGGGAUCGCGGAUUCAACGCUCGAGGUCGCGCAGAGACCGGGGGCGUCAAGGGUACGCGAAAAUAUAUAGGAACUCCUGAGGCACAGGCUUUCUUUGCCAGCAUGGGGUUUCCGUGUUCUGUGCAAGCUUUCAAGGCAUCCAGUGAAGGCGACGAUGACGCCGCGGGCCGCCUAUUGCGUGCAGUCGAACGAUACUUCCAACAGGGUGCGGUGGAUUGCAUGGCCCGCAAAGUUCGACAUACUCUGCUCCCGCCUAUAUAUCUGCAGCGACCCAAUCAUUCGCUUACGAUUGUCGGACUGGAGAAGCAAAAGGGCGGCCAUAUCCAUCUCCUGGUGUUUGACCCCGAGUUUCAGGGCUCCAACACGGUCGUCCGACUGGCUAGCAAGGCGACUCCCCGCAGGCAGUCCAAGAUCACAAGGCUUCUAGAGCCAUAUCGCCGCAGCGCCACCCACCUAGAGCGCUUCAGGCAGUUUGAGGUUCUCUAGUAAGUC